CUUCAUGUGUUUAUUUUCAUAAUCGUAAAAAGUAGGGUUAUAGUUGUUGUCAAAACACAUGUUUCAGUUUUUAGUUUAGUUCAGUUAAAUAAAUAAACUACGACCAAAUAUAAUAUGGCAACUUUGAGAAAAAAGCGCGUUUCGAAGAAAUUGAAGGUUUCUUGGAGGAAACAUGUCAAUAUCGAUGACGUAGAGGAGUUUUUGGAGGAUAAGCGUUUGGAGGAACGUUUGGGACCUAUUGAAUCAAAAAGUGAUAAUGAGUUGUUUAAGUUGGACACUCAAAUCGAAACGAGGUUGUCUGCGAAAGAAAGGAAGAAAUUAAAGGCUUUAAAGCCUCUAAAAUGUUAUCAUGCUUUGGAACCGCACACCAAAGUUCCAGAUCCUAUAGCUAAAAGAAACCGAGUAAGGACUAAAGAAGAGCGAAAAAACGAGUUGAUUAAGAAAAAGGAGAUCGCGAAUAGAGAGAAAGGCAUUUUAAAGGCAAAAGAAAUACAAUCAAUGCAAGACAAAAAGUUGUACGAAAUAAAAAAGCGGAAUAAACCUAAAAAAGGCGAUUUUAACACAGACAUAUGGUCGGAGGGUAGUAAAUUUGAGAUAGAAAACGAUGAAUGGGCGACAACUCUCACGAAAAAGCACAAUUUAAAGGGGGUCGGUGCUCUACAAAAAACAACCGCUAAAUCUUUGUCUAAAAAGAAAAGUUUGCACCCUUCUAUUGAAGCUCCGCAUCCGGGAAUGUCGUAUAACCCCAGUUACGAAGACCACCAAGAUUUAUUGAGAAUGGUUGCUGAUAAAGAGACCCAGUACAUCAAGAAGGAGGAAUAUUUGACCCGGGUUACCAGGGGGAUGUUUAACAAAGUCACUCCAGGCAAAAGAGAUCAAAUGUGGAUGGUAGAAAUGUCGGAAGGUCUCCCCGACAAAACUUCGGCGGAAGAUAACGAAGCAAGCGAUAACGAGUAUUCGGCGGUGAAUCCCCCGGUGAAGAAUAAGAAGAAAUCCGUGCAGCAAAGGAGAAAGCAAAAGGAGCAAAGAGAGCUCGAGUUGAAGAGGAGAGUGACGAAAAUCGAGAAGAAAAAAAUCGCCGACAUUCACCAAGUGAAGAUACUGAAGAAGCAGAUAGACAGAAGUGACAAAAGACAGGCGGUAGUGAAGGAGAAGAGGAUCAAGCGGGCUGCGCACAAGGCCUUGGAGCCUAACAGGUUGAGUUCCACCAAGUUUGAAGAGCAAGGUUUGGAGUUCAACCUGGGGGAAGACAUUGCAGGCAACCUGAGGAACUUGAAGAAGGAGGGCAGUAUUUUGGCCGACAGAUUCAGGAAUAUGCAGAAACGUAACAUAUUGGAACCUUCGAUUAAGAGACACCGUAAAAAUGCCAAGAUAAAAAGGUACACGAAACCAGGGCAUAAAGACGACUGGAAAAAAACCGUGGCCAAAUAAAAUGUUAAGGGUGUUUAAAACUCCUAAAUCCUAAAACUAACCUAUAAAAAGUUUGACAGUUAAAAUGUUAAUAUAUUAUGGAUACCUACCUUUAUUUUGUAAACACUACAAAUAAUUUAAAAAAGGGCAAUAAAAAAUUGUUUUUAAAA